GAUGAUUAUUUAUGUGUAAAUAUAUCUAUUCAUAUGAAAGCAAAAAUUCAUACUCUGUAAAAACAUCUAAACAUCUUUUUAAUCGGAAUCAAUUACUUGAAUAUAAAAAUAAAUUUGUUUAUUUAAUAAAUUUUUGUUAUGAGUUUACACAAUGAAAAUUUGCUCAUUGAGUAAUUUGAAACUGGACAACAAUAUACCCUAAUUAAUGCAACCUUGGAAUUAAGUGAAUGAAUACUUAUGCAACUACAUAUCCAACACAUUCAUUUUUAUGCGUAUAUAUCUUCAAAAAAUUCAUUUAAACGAAUAAAAACUACAAAUUGUUGAAAAGAAGGAAUCAUUUGGCUAAAUGUAAAAUAGCUUCAUAUUUUUACAUUUAAUCAAAUAAAUAUUAUUUUAUUUUUCCAGUACAUCAAAAAGAUCACUUAUUACUAUUAUUAUUAUCAUCAUUAUUACUAUUAUGUACUAUUAUGUACACGUCAGUAGGUUGUUUUCCUUAGAAUUGAAAUGCUUCAUCAAUGUUCAUUUACAUACUUAUUAUCAACAGUCUAUCUCUUCAUAUUUAUACAAUUCGAACAAAGGAAACAACAAAAACUUAGGAGUAUAGAAAUUAUUGGACCACCUUUGUUGGAUUAUUAUUAUCAUUAUUAUUAUUACCACUAAUAUUCACAAAGUAACAUUAAACAGGAUUAUUUGCAAUUAUUUAUAAUAUCCAAACCCUAACUUUACUUCGUCUGUGCAUAAACAGUUAUUAUUCGAUAAUUCUGUGUGAAUAAUUGCUUUCUCGACUACAAUGUUAACCUUAUCUUACCUUAUCUUUUAAUCUACACACCAUAUGAAUCCAGAUACUGUAUUACGAAUUGGUAAAGUAUUUGAAACUCCAUAUGGAGGAGAUGGAGUUGAUUUUGUGGAUCAAUUAAAUUAUCAGUUUACUGGUGGAUUGUUGAUUAUAUUUAUAGCUGUAAUUGGAGUGAGACAAUAUGUUGGUAAACCUAUUCAAUGUUGGGUGCCACAAGAGUUCACACAUUCAUGGGAGGAAUAUGCAGAAAAUCUCUGUUGGGUACAGAAUACAUAUUUCCUUCACCCAAGUGAUCAAGUCCCUGAAGAUGAUUAUGAAUUAACGAAAGUUAGAUAUAUUGGUUACUAUCAGUGGAUAGCUAUCGUAUUAGCUGGGCAAGCGAUGUUAUGUUGGGUGCCUCAAAUACUAUGGCGAGUCGGAUCAAAACGAUUACCUGUUUUACUACGAUCAGCCAAAGAGGCAUCAAUACCAGAUAGAGAACUUAGACAGAAAGCUAUUUCUUGUUUAGUCGCUACAUUAGAAGAACAAGCUGAAUCAACUGCCAGACACAGAAGAGCAACCAGUACAAUGAAAAGAAUAUUAUGUAGCUUACGACCAAAUACACGUAUAACUUUUCUGUUUUUUAUAGUUCGUAUUUGUUUUAUUGGUAAUUCAGUUGGUCAAAUUUACCUCAUGAAAAAAUUUAUUGGGACCAAUAGUACCAUGUUUGGUAUGGAUGUUUUAAAUGAUUUGAUUUCUGGACAAGAAUGGGAGACUUCAGGUAAAUUUCCACGUGUGACAUUUUGCACGGUACGUGUCAGGAAAAUGGGGCAAAUCAAGCCUGCAAGCUACACUCUUCAAUGUGUAUUACCAAUUAAUUAUUUUGUGGAAAAGGUAUAUGUCUUUCUAUGGUUUUGGUUUGUGAUUCUUUCAAUCGUUACCAUAUUAAGUACACUUCAAUGGGCUUUCAAUACACUUGUACCAGUUAGACGAAUAGCUUAUAUAAAACAAUAUAUUCGAGCUAUUCGACAACUUUCUAAUACUGAAGAAAGAGAUUGUACACGAUUCGUAAAUUAUAAUCUUGGUCCAGAUGGUGUACUAAUACUACAAGUUGUUUCUAGGGUUUCCAGUGAUUUAAUUGCAUUAGAUGUGACAGCAACUUUAUGGAGUAAUUAUAGACACGCCAAAAUAACUGGCACUGAAGAAGACAUCAACCGAUUUUUGGAGAAUGUCAAUCGAGGAACCAACGCCGUAUAGUAAUAGUCUGGUCGGGUAAUAAAAAACAACAUCAAAAUACUUCACACAAUAACAUGAACAUGCUGAAUUUACCCCAAUCCCUACUUAUAUUGAGUUUUACCCUUAUUGUGAAACCAAAUUACCCGACCGUAACAAAGUAAUCCAUCAGAAACGCUCAAACAAUUCCGAUUAUUCAAGAAAAAAAUACAAUUUUUGCAAUGUUUCAGAUAAAUUCCACAGAAGACCCUUCAGGCAUGUACCUUUAACCGAACAUACACAGACUUUUAGAGAUGUUUUGUUUACACGCCUUACCAUUCAAAAAAAUAUAAAUCACAUGUAAUCAUUCUGUGAGUCAGUUAUUUUAGGUCAUUUUUAAAUUAUUAUUAUUACUACUACUAUUACUAAUACUAUUAAUAUUAUAACAUCUGACACAAUUAAUUUUAUUCAGCAACGAGUAAUGAAACAACUCAUUUUUCUAUAAUGUCACUGAUACAUACCCUUUCUAAAUGAAUUAACCGAAAACAGAAUUCUCUUCAAUAUAUAUAAAUAUUUAAAAACCACAGAUAGAUUGUUUAAUAGUUUUCAAUUUUUUAUUAGAAUCUGUAUAAUAAAUGACAUGAAAAAAAAACCAUUUCAAAUUCUCUUCCUACUACUCUUUUCAUUACCUUUUUUUCAUAGACACUUCGUCUUCUUUGAUUCUUUUUUUCAUGAUACUUAUCUUCAUUUCAAUCUAUAAGAACAAUCGCCAGUUUUUCUUUGCAAGAUAUUUAGUUAUUUGAUUUUAGCAACAUUCACGUUUAAUAAUUAGCUCUGGUAGAAGAAAACAAAAUAAGCGAAGCAGUUGAAAUUUGAACUGCAUUUUAAUAGUUGACUGAGACCAAGUAGAAAUUUCAACCAAAAAAAUAGUAA